AUGGCCACCGGAACCGAUUCUCAAGGCCGCAAAGUGAUCGUGGUCGAUAAUGGAACCGGAUUUGUCAAAUGCGGGUACGCGGGCUCAAAUUUCCCGGCUCACAUUUUCCCGUCGUUGGUCGGCCGUCCCAUUGUUCGCUCAUCGCAACGAAUUGGAGACACACAAAUUAAGGACUUGAUGGUCGGUGAAGAGGCGUCGAAGCUUCGUCAUAUGUUGGACAUCUCGUACCCGAUGGAGAAUGGAAUCGUGCGGAAUUGGGAUGACAUGGCCCACGUUUGGGACUACACAUUUGGCCCUGAAAAACUCGAUAUUGACCCAAAGGAUUGCAAAUUAUUGCUCACCGAGCCGCCACUGAAUCCAAAUUCGAAUCGGGAGCGAAUGUUUCAAGUGAUGUUUGAGCAAUAUGGCUUCCACUCAAUCUAUGUGGCUGUACAGGCCGUGUUGACGCUUUAUGCUCAAGGACUUUUAACGGGUGUUGUUGUCGAUUCUGGUGAUGGAGUUACACACAUUUGUCCCGUUUAUGAAGGUUUUGCUCUCAAUCAUCUCACAAGACGACUUGAUGUGGCCGGACGGGACAUCACUCGAUAUUUAAUUAAGCUACUUCUUCUUCGUGGCUACAACUUCAAUCAUUCCGCUGAUUUUGACACCGUUCGAGAGAUGAAGGAAAAGCUCUGCUACAUGGCCUAUGAUGUGGAACAAGAGCAAAAGUUGGCUCUUGAGACAACAGUGCUCACUCAACAAUACACGCUUCCCGAUGGUCGAAUCAUUCGAGUUGGAGCCGAGAGAUUUGAAGCACCAGAAGUUCUAUUCCAGCCGCAUCUCAUCAACGUUGAGAAGAAUGGUCUCUCGGAGCUUCUAUUCAAUUGUAUUCAAGCUGCUGACAUUGAUACACGACUCGACUUCUACAAGCACAUUGUCUUGUCAGGAGGAACGACGAUGUAUCCGGGACUCCCAUCACGAUUGGAACGUGAAUUGAAGCAACUGUAUCUUGAUCGGGUACUCCACGGAAAUGUUGAACAAUUUAAGAAAUUCAAAAUCCGGAUAGAAGCCCCACCUCGACGCAAGCAUAUGGUUUUCAUGGGUGGAGCUGUAUUGGCGAACUUGAUGAGAGAUCGUGAUCAGGAUUUCUGGGUAUCAAAGCGUGAAUACGACGAAGAAGGCCUAGCGAGAUGCAUGAAGAAACUCGGAAUCAAGGUG